GAAGUUAUAACUUUGAACCACAAAAAAUACAGGUACCAUCAAAAGUGUGUUUGUAAUUAAAAUAUGAUAUAUGAUCUCUCAUCCACAAACAAAAUUCAAUCAAGAUUCUGCUAUACCUGAUUUCAUUAUCAUAUAUACACGAAAAUCAAUCUUAUUUAUUCUUCAUAAAGAAGUAAAUAUGUGGAUACGCCUUGAUAGAAAUUUGAUAAAGCGUAUCAUCUUGGCAUACUUUUGCAGUUAUAAAUUUGAACCACAAAUAGAACAAAUACCAUCAAAAGUGUGUAUGUAAUUAAAAUAUGCUAUAUGAUCUCUCAUCCACAUCAAAAUUCAAGCCUUGAUAGAAAUUUGACUACCGGUAAAGCAUAUCAUCUUGGCAUACAUUUGAAGUUAUAACUUUGAACCACAAAUAAAACGGGUACCAUCAGAAGUGUGUUUGUACUUAAAACAUGCUAAAUGAUCUCUCAUCCACAAACAAAAUUCAAUCAAGUUUGGGCUAUACCUAAUUACAUUUCAUUUAACUAUGGUUUGUAAGCAAACAAUUUUAUCAGCAAUUUCUUAUUCAUUUUAUUUUCUAUCAUACAUAAAAAUUAAUUAUAGCUCAAGUAAAUUUGUGGAUACAGGUGGAUAAUUUAUUGGAUUGAGCUUAUCACCUUGACUUGCUUUUGAAGUUAACACUGUGGCAUAAUUUUAAUUUCUUUUAAUAUAUCUUGUUUUUUUUUACUAAACUAGUAUUCGUAGCUGAACUCUAUAAAUAUCACAGAAGUAGCUAACGCAACAUCCAUUGCAGCAAGAUAUUUGCUUAAGGUCAUCAGACAUACUCUAGACACUGUCAAGCAAGCCUAGUCUAACAAGCCUCAACAUGAAAGUCAGCAUAGAGCUCCUGGUGAUCUUCAUAUCAUUUGCAUCUGCUGGUCCUCCAGUCAGUCGUAUUAAAGAGGAAAGCAUCAUUAAUUUUGGCUACAUGUCAUCCUGUGCUACUAACUCCUACAGUACCAGAUAUAAUGGAUAUGGUUGUUACUGCGGAUUCGGUGGCUACGGGACCCCGGUAGACUCGCUUGAUACAUGCUGCCAGGUACAUGAUAACUGCUAUGGUGAUCUGGAGGAGGAGAAAGGAGGACCUUGUUCAAUGGAUGUCGACAUAUAUUGGGAGGCCUACACUUACUCUUGUCAUGCACCCUGGAGCUGGUGGUAUACAGCUGAUGAACUUACCAUUGUCUGUGAUGCUUCAGCCAAUAAUGAAUGUCAGCAAGCAUUGUGCGAAUGUGACAAGACAGCUUCCCUGUGCUUCGCAGCAAACGAAUUUCAAUAUGAGUAUAAAAAUUAUGACAAGGAAGCAAACUGCAAAGCCUAGAAGCACAUUAUUUUCACACAUGCACAUACAGAUCUAAAGUAGAAAUAAAAUGAUAAAAAAAAAAUCAAAUUUGAAAGCCUCUGGCUCUAUGACGCAAGAGAUUUGGACAACAGAUAAUAUGACUUCAUACAGCAAGAGAAAUGAUUAAAAGUUCAGGUGCUAAAAUAAACAGGCGAAAAAGGAAUACUAUUCUAAAGUCAGGUGAGCAAUAGGUUAUGACUGUGUCAUGGAAAUAAAGGUAGAAUACUACAACAAGUGGAAUGCCUCAGGCCGUCUCACCUGCAUCACGCGAUUUAACAUAGCAGCAGUGCUGACUUUGAAAA